AAGUCACACUGUGUUUUUCCAGCUGUUUUCUUAUCAUCCAAUAACAUGCAAAAGUUGACUUCCGAGAGCAAGCUCGAGUACCUGCGAGGAGCUAUCCGGCUAAGCGGAUGUGACGUCAGAGGGUUCUACACCAAAUACGCCGAGCGAAGAAGAAGAAGAGAAAAAAACAAAAUGGCGAAUCUCGUGGAGGCGACAACAAAUCAGCAGUUUGAAGAGAUAUUAAAGAAAGCUGGAGAACGCCUGACGGUGGUGCACUUCCAGGCAGCAUGGGCUCCUCAGUGCGGGCAGAUGAACGAAGUCAUGGCCGAGCUGGCGAAGCAAAACACGAACUCCACCUUUGUGAAGCUGGAGGCGGAAGCGGUGCCGGAGGUGUCGGAGAAGUAUGAAAUCGCCUCUGUGCCUACUUUUGUUUUCUUCAAGGGAGGGGAGAAGGUGGACCGUGUGGAUGGAGCCCACGCUCCGGAGCUGACUAACAAGGUGCAGCGUUUGGCGGUGGUCGGGAGUCCGGGUGGAGGAGCUGCAGAGACCGGCACCACGGACCUGAACCAGCGGCUGAAGAAGCUGAUCAACGCGGCGCCCUGCAUGCUCUUCAUGAAGGGGUCCUCACAGGAGCCCCGCUGCGGCUUCAGCAGGCAGAUAGUGGCCCUGCUGAAGGAGCACAGCAUCCAGUUCAGCAGCUUUGACAUCCUGUCCGAUGAGGAGGUGAGACAGGGGUUGAAGAUCUACUCCAACUGGCCCACAUACCCUCAGAUGUACGCCAACGGGGAGCUGGUGGGAGGACUGGACAUAGUGAAGGAGCUGGCUGAGUCUGGGGAGCUGGAGAACACCUGCCCGAAGGCUGUCACCUUGGAGCAUCGUCUGAAGACCGUCAUCAACCAGAGUCCAGUGAUGCUGUUCAUGAAGGGCAACAAGGAGGCUGCAAAAUGUGGCUUCAGCAGGCAGACACUGGAGAUUUUGAGCAGCACAGGGGUGGAUUAUGACACCUUUGAUAUUCUGCAGGAUGAAGAGGUGCGCCAGGGGCUCAAGACCUAUUCUAACUGGCCAACCUACCCCCAGCUCUACGUGAAAGGAGAUCUGAUCGGUGGUUUGGACAUUCUCAAGGAGCUGAAGGAGAGUGGAGACCUGGUUUCAGUGCUGAAGGGGGAGUCGUAGGGGGGGGAUUUGCCAUGCAGACGUCGAAGGCCAACAAGAAGCCACCACACAUGCCAAGAUCACCCUAUGUCACUGAUGUAAUAGUAUACAGAUGGCCAGGAAGUGGAUCAAAUAAUUUAUUGAGACUAAUAUUAGAUUUAAUACCAAUAUAUUAAUCAAACUGUUCACGUUCUACUUUGAAUCCAAAAAUGAAACAUGCAUUAAUGAGAUUUGGUUUUCACUGUUAAGUUUUUCCUCAUAGUUAUUCUUGAAAAUACAUUUUAAGACAUGAUUAAAGUGAAAGUUAAGCAAUCCCGUGCUUGGCCUUUAUUAAUAUUAAUUUCCCUGUCUGACUCUGAGAGCAGCUGACAUGAGUUCAUAUUAUCUGUUGUCUUUAUUUGUUGGGGUUACAUUUGUCCUUCCAGUAUUCACAACCUCAGACCAAACAGGUUCAUAUUUAAUGAAGCAUUGUUUACCUCGCCUCUUGACUUUUCAUGCCAUCCUGUCCAUACUUUCUUCACCUGAAAGACAGAAAAACUGUGUUUAUCUAUAUCAAAUAAUCACUCUGGUUUAAUUACUUAGAAAUAAGUGCCACUUAUUGAUACAUUGUCCAUAAAUAACAUUGUGAUUAAACAAUAAAAACACUUAAGAUUUGGUGUUGUUUUUUGGUGCUUCUUACAAAGCAAAUGUGCGAAGAAUCAUUUUGUGGAACCCAUGGGAAACCAAGCAAAAGCCAUAUUCAAAAACAGGAAUACAACACGGCCUUUAAACCUAACGUGUAAGAGGAAAGAUUGUUCGAAUCCUGUGUCUCUGUAACCAUAAAUUCAACACAUCCACACUGCUAAGCUGUUCUUCAACUGC